AUGAAGGUCUUUCUCGUUCUUUUGGCCGGCGUGAGCAUGGCUGCCGCCCAAGGCCUCGCCUCGCUGCCUGAUUGUGCUCGAGACUGUGUUACUGGAUCCAUCCCCGCCUCCUGCAACGCGAUCGAUGUCAAAUGCAUCUGCUCCAACAAGUCUUUCAUCGAGGGUAUUUCCUGCUGUAUUGCCGAUAAAUGUUCUCAAGAGCAGCAACAAAGUGGGUCCCCUAAUUACUUUGUAUCAUCUUCUGUCAUCCAGUUCGCCAACCAGCUCUGCAGUGGCCAGGGUGUGACCGACCUGCCUCAGAGUGCCGCUUGCGCUACUGGAAGUCAAUCCAAGACUGACACCUCUUCGGCCACGACUACUGGCAACUCCAACACCACUGCUACCGAGACUGCAUCGACUGCUUCGACUGCAUCGACUGCUUCGACUGCUUCGACUGCUUCUACUGCCACUCACACCGCUGCUGGAGCUGGCGGUAGCAGCAGCAGUGGUACUACCAGCAAGGGUUCUGCAACUGCUUCUGCUAGCUCUGCGGCAACCAGCACUGGCGCUGCAGCCAUUACUCACAAGGAUACUAGUCUCAUUGCGGCGGCUGGAGCUGCGGCGGCGGCUUUUGCCUUGCUCGCAUAG